AUGGGGAAAUAUGGCUUGAACCUUGCCAGGGAUCCAGCAAGGGACCCUGCUAUUCUUACUGAUCAGGACUGUCAAACUGAGGAUGGUGAUGAGAAUCCAGACCGUGGAAACUGGACCAAUAAGACAGAGUAUAUGCUCUCGAUGAUAGGCUUUGCUAUUGGCCUUGGAAAUAUCUGGAGAUUUCCAUAUAUAGCUUUUAAAAAUGGAGGGGGUGCCUUUCUCUUCCCUUAUUUCCUGAUGUUGGUGUUAUGUGGAAUUCCUCUUUUCUUCCUGGAAAGCGCCAUUGGUCAAUUUUGCAGCCAAGGUCCGAUCAAUGUGUGGAGGGCAGUGCCAAUCCUGCAGGGUGUUGGCUUUUCCAUGGUUAUGGUGAACAUAUUGGUUUCAAUAUAUUAUAAUGUCAUCGUGGCCUACAGCCUGUACUACAUGUUCGCCUCUUUCCAGUCUCCUCUGCCCUGGUCCAAAUGCUCCAGUUGGUCUGACAAAAAUUGCAGCAGCGCACCUUUAGGCAAAGGCCCAUGUAAUGUAAAUAUGGGGUUUUAUAUUUUGUACUGUAAUGUAAGUGGCGUUCUGGUGUCAAACUGGACUCAAGAAAACAGCACAUGUCCUUCUUCCAACAUGAUCAGGGUUCCAGUGCAGAGCCCAAGUGAGCAGUACUGGGACCGUGUGGCUCUGCAGAGAUCAAGCGGUCUUGAUGAAACAGGACCAAUAGUUUGGCACUUAGCCCUCUGUCUGCUGCUGAGCUCCGCAAUUCUUGCUACAGUACUUAUUAAAGGCAUCAAGUCCUCAGGAAAAGUUGUGUAUUUCACAGCUACAUUUCCUUAUGUGGUGAUUCUGAUCCUGCUGAUCAGAGGUGUGUCAUUGGAGGGAGCUGGAGAUGGGAUACAGUUCUUCAUUGGCUCUAAAUCCAAUUGGACUAAACUGACUGAGGGACAGGUCUGGAAGGAUGCAGCAACUCAGACUUUCUUUUCCUUGUCUAUUGCUACGAGUGGAGUUUUAACUCUUGCUUCCUACAGCAACUUCCGCAACAACAUGUACAUGGAUUCAAUCAUUGUAACCUUCACAAACCAUGGAACCAGUGUUUUUGCAGGCUUUGCCAUCUUCUCUAUUUUGGGUCAUAUGGCUAAGGUCUAUGGAAAGCCUAUUGGAGAAGUAGUAAAGGAAGGAUUUGGUCUGGCCUUCAUUGUGUAUCCAGAUGCUUUAGCUAAGCUCCCCGUCUCCACUUUCUGGUCCAUUCUGUUCUUUUUCAUGCUUUUCAUUGUUGGCCUGGACUCCCAGUUUGCACAAUUAGAGGUGGUUGUCACCUGCCUGUGUGAUGCCUAUCCUGAAUUCUUCAAACCCAAAAGAGCCGUGGUGACAGUAGCAGCAGUCGCCAUCCUCUACCUGCUGGGCCUGCCAUUAGUCACAAGGGCAGGAAUAUACUGGGUGACUUUAAUGGACCAGUUUGUGGCCAGCUGGGUGCUGCUUGUUUUGGCUCUCUUUGAGGUCAUUGGCAUCUUCUACAUUUAUGGAGGGAACACUUUUAUACAAGACAUUGAGAUGAUGAUUGGAAAAAAGACCUUUUGCUUCUGGGUUUGGUGGAGAGCAUGUUGGUUCUUCAUCAGCCCCUGCAUCAUUUUGGUGGUCCUAUUGUGGUCUAUCAUAUCCUUUGUGCCUCCCACCUAUGGAAAGAUCCACUAUCCGGCCUGGGGUUUGGCUCUUGGUUGGUGCAUGGUAAUAUUCAUCCUCAUGUGGAUCCCGUUGGUAGCCGUAUACAAACUGAUGAGGGCAGAGGGAAGCCUCUGGCAGCGUGUGAAGUCAUUGUGUGUACCCUCUGAGAAGUGGCAUCCCUACUUGGAGAUCUAUCGAGGAGAACGCUACUCUGAAGACAACUGUCGCCGACGAAGAGUAGUGUCAACAAACAAUAAGGAAAUGUAAAUUUAACUUUCAUAUUAGGGGACUUUUUGAACACUGAAGUCACUGGCAUGUGCUUGUGAAAGAAAGCAGUCACACAGAAAGGAUAACAUGAAAAGUACAUGCAGCUUAAGGCUUCCAUGUGCUGUGACUGUGCUUACACAGAAAUACAUGUUUCUUUUUCAAACAACCAGUUCAAGCCAAAGCUUAACACCCAAAUAAAGUAUGAUAAUGGGAGUAAUGAAAGAGCAGACAUCCACUCAAAUAAGUGUCCUUUGCAGUAGACCCUUUAGACAGAUACCUGCAUAUGAAUGCAGAAUCUGAGGGGGCAAUGCACAGUUUUAUGGUGUUCUGGUUGCUAUUUGUGUGAGUGUGUAGAGGGAUAUUGUCCUUGCAGUACAAAAGUCUGUGUGAGGGGCCAUAAAGGCAAAUAAAAAAAAGCUGUAAUGUAAGCCUCUAACCCAUUAGCUAUCUUCUGACAAUACAUCAGCUUUUUAUUAGCCUCUAUAAUGAGACAUCUUUAUGUCCAUGGAGAUAACUAUCCAGAUGUAGCCUGUAUUUUUUUUUGUCUUUGAUGUGCAUUCAUGGUCAGCUACCACAUUGUUAAAAAAUUUGAUUCCUUAAUUCAGCUCUAUGAGCACAUACGACUGGAUUGAAAUCACUUAAAAUG